GUGUAACCCAAAUCACCCGUUGCCAGUGGCAAAGUUUACCGUAUUCCCUCAAAAAGGUCUUGCUUACAAUAAAUACACAGUUUGGCAGGGUACAAUGGCGGCCAUGCCCUAUCAAUUACCCAACGCUUUUGUGAGAUAUUGGUCCUUUGCAACACUGGAGUUGACUCGGACUAAAGGGGACAGAAAUUUAAGGAGACAGAUGUCAUUGUUUGGAGUGGACGAUCUAGGGCAGACUGGGGUAGAGAAAACAGUAGCAUUCGCGACCGAGUACUGUGAGGAGUGGGAGAGAAUUUACGGCCCGACAGAUCAGAGGUUUGCUACAAACACAGAUCAGCCGUUAUCUGUCAGCAGCACAGAGGAUAGAGAGUGAGGGAUUAGGAGAUAAAGACCCCACCGGCCCGGUUUCCUUUGUUCUCGGAGAUCGGUCAGAUAAGUCAAACGCUUCCCGACAAUGUCCGUUGCUAAGGGAGGGAAGAAGCGGGUUACCCGGAUUGCAGUGCCGUCCGGCGCGGACUCCGACGGGUACUCGAGCGGAGGCGAGGGCACCCCGAAGCCAGGGCGCCGCAAGAAGUUCCUCCAGGUCCCCGACGGAGCGACUCCCUCGCUCCGAGGCGGCUACGACCCUACAGGAAACAUGGACGAAGUCAUGUCAACAGUCGGCGGCAGCGAGCACUCGUUCGCCCACGGCUCUAGCCGGAAGGUACAGUACGAGAACACUUACAAGAUGGAGCCUGACUUUAAGUUCCAGUCGCAUCUUAUCGAAGGACCGGCGAGGGACAUUCUUGAGACGCAUCUCAAGGACCAGCCCUACGACGCGGCGACGUGCCGAAGCCAGGCGCAGGACCUGGCGGGAAAGAUCAUGGACGCCACGAAAAACCUGAACAUCAAGCGGUACAAACUGGUCACCAUCGUCAGCAUAGGCAGCCUGAAGGAGCGCCCCGGCAUGCACUUCGGCAGCAGGUGUCUCUGGAACGACAAGACAGACUCCUUCACGACCGUCAAGUACACAAACGGAUCCCUGUUCGCCGUCGCCAUGAUCUACGGACUCUACUUCGAGUAGACUUCCCUGGGUACGGGCCGCUAACCGUUUCCUUCGGCAGCCAGAAGCCCUUCGCCCACAGACUUAAAUUACCACUGCGGUGGAGUUGAGCUUUCCCCGGGCUAGACUCCCCCGUAGCGUAAUUUAGACCAGCGGGCGAAGGGCUCUUGCGGCCCGGAAAAACAAGUUUGGCUUUCAGGGUACGAGUAGACCAAAGGACAAAAAACAUGCAACGGUCUCUCAGAAAACCGUUAGCAGAACUGGGUUUACAGUACUCAAACCGUAUUGACCUUUCCUGUCAGAUAUUGUUACUACCAUAGUCUUGAGCUAACAUCCGUUUCUUAGUGCUUUUUUUAAUCGUGUUUGAAAGAAAGAGAGACGUUAAUUUUCGCGUAACUCCACAGUUUGUUCCGUGAAGGUGAUGUGAGAAAAUUACUCGUCUCAAAAUCUGAUAUUUCUGUUAGCAGGGUAGAAAAAUAACAGAAUCAUGAACUAGAGAAUGAAUUGUGAAGAAGUAUACAACGUAUCCUUGCCUUAUGCUGCAUUUUAAGUCUUUCUACCACCAUACUAUACAGAUAAAGCUGGAAGCUGUGUAGAAUGAACAAGGUCUAGGAUGAAAAUACAUUGCUGUAGGUUAACACAGUGUUUUUUGUUGCCGGUAGUUCCAACAAUACAGUGUUUGACCUCAGGUAAGCUCGUGUUACCGCGACACAAAUAUUUGUACCUGUAAGUCCCUCAAUCAAAUUAAACACCUCUAUUUACUUCGCUACUUCUGCUAAGAACAAUCUACAAAAGUGGUGGAAUUAGGUUUUUACAAAGUUUGGAGAGGAGUUAUUCUGUUUAAUGCUACUUUAAUAAGUGUCAAGAUGCUGUGGAUUAAAUGGCUAGGCUACGGGUACAACAAAUAGGAAUUCUGUAAAAACAUGAGACUGUUUAAUGUUGUAGAUGAGAAUUGUAAUGAUGUUUAAACUGUGUGAAGUAAAGACGACAACAUCAAUACACGAGUGUACGGUCGGUACGCUCUGACUAUAUUAGUCAUUCAGCCAGACGAUUAUUCAGUUGUGUGCUUAAUGUUUUUAAAUGUUGCUAUGGCUGCAAAUAUUUGUGCCCAACAUCCAUAUCAGUGUAUGUACAAGAG